AUGUCUGCAAACAAUGCCCCGCAACCAGUCAAGCUCUCCUUACCAUUGGAGUAUCAACAGCACCUCUUCCAGGAGCUCCGGACAGAAGAUGAGCUCGUCGUGCUCGCCCGCGGCCUGGGGCUGAUGCGCCUCGUCACAAACCUGCUUCACUCCUAUGAUGCAGCCGGGAACAACCUCGUCGUCGUCGUAGGCGCCGAGGAGCGCGAAAAUGGGUGGAUUGGCGAAGCACUGGCCGAGCACGCCGCCAUUAGUGCCUCUCCGAAGGCCCGGGGCUUAACGCUCGUGAACACUGAUUUUCAGAGUGUUGGUGCGCGCGAGAAGAUGUACGCUGGGGGUGGCAUCUUCAGCAUCACUUCACGCAUCUUGGUUGUUGAUCUUCUUACCGGCCUGCUGGAUCCGGAGUCAAUAACAGGGCUUGUCGUGCUUCACGCUGACCGUGUUGUCGCAACUUCACUCGAGGCCUUCAUCCUCAGAGUGUAUCGGCAGAAGAACAAGAUUGGCUUCCUGAAGGCCUUUUCCGAUAACCCAGACCCUUUUUCGACGGGUUUUUCCCCACUGUCGACCAUGAUGCGCAAUCUGUUCCUGAAGAAGGCGUCUUUGUGGCCGAGGUUCCACGUCACUGUAGCACAGUCUCUCGAAGGCAAGAAGAAGGCCGAAGUCAUUGAGCUGGAGGUUCCCAUGACGGAUUCGAUGAAGAAUAUCCAAAAUGCCAUUAUGGAAUGUGUUGAAGUCAGCAUUCACGAGCUCAAAAAGGGCAAUUCAGGCCUCGAAAUGGACGACUGGAACCUCGACAGCGCCUUGCUUAAGAACUUUGACGUCAUGGUUCGGCGACAGCUGGACCCCAAUUGGCACCGAGUGAGUUGGAAGACACGACAGAUUGUAAACGACCUGACAGUUUUGCGUGGUCUCUUGACGUCCGUCCUAACAUAUGAUGCCGUGUCGUUUUUACAGCAUCUCGACACCAUCCAUGCGGCUCAUUCUCCUCCGCCUGGAUCUACGAGGCAGAAUCAAUCACCCUGGCUGUUUUUGGAUGCCGCCCAGACCAUAUUCGACACUGCGCGAAGGAGAGUGUACUCAGCCAACGCGAAAACAAUCUCGCAAAGCGGCGACAAUAUCGACUCUUUGCGGCCAGUCCUCGAGGAGCUUCCAAAAUGGGCUCUACUGGCUGAAGUGCUCGAGGAGAUUGACAGAGACCUCUACUUUGAACCGCCACUCAGAGACGACUCGAACGGGACCAUACUAAUCAUGUGCUCAAACACGGAUACAUGUAGACAGCUCCGCGACUACUUGCAAACGAUGCACGUAAAGCCCAAGGUUGCAACCCCCGCCAAGGACGACGAUGAGGAUGCCCACAAACCAUCGGCUGCCUUCAUGAUGAGAAAGCGUCUACGCAGCUACCUGACCUGGAAGCGACAGUUCGCUCAAGUAAGCGCAACCCUCUUCUCGGAGAACCAAAGGGCCCUCAAUGGCGCAGCUGACGCUCGGCCUGGCCAUGCUGGCAUGGGCCGCGGCAAAGCUCCAUCUAACAAAAGGCGUCGUGUCCGUGGCGGAGGUAACGCCAGUGCCUCGGCGGGACGAACAGACACAGGCGUCAUUGCGCAGUACUUUGAGAAGCCAGGCGAAGUGGCGCAUCUCAUGGCCGAAGUCCAGAUCACGGAAGAAGAAGCCCAACAAAAAGACGACGUCAUCGCCGAUCCACUAGACAACAUGGAAGAUUACUAUCAGCUAUACGAAAUGCAAGACCUGGUUGUGGUCCACGCCUAUGACGGCGACCAAGACGAGCACGUCCUCGAGGAGGUCGAGCCCCGAUACAUAAUCAUGUACGAGCCAGACGCCUCCUUCAUCCGAAGGGUAGAAGUCUACCGUUCAUCACACAAUGACAGAAACGUGCGCGUGUACUUUACGUAUUAUGGAGGCUCAGUCGAAGAACAGCGCUACCUAUCGUCGGUCCGCCGAGAAAAGGACUCCUUCACAAAGCUCAUCAAGGAACGAGCCAGCAUGUCCAUCGUCAUGACAGUCGACCCGCACGGCAUCGAAGACCAGCAAGAGGCGUUCCUCCGUACAGUCAAUACGCGAAUUGCGGGCGGCGGGCGACUGGCGGCGACAGCCCAGCCGCCGCGCGUCGUAGUGGACGUUCGAGAAUUCCGCUCCUCGCUGCCGUCUCUCCUCCACGGGCGGUCCAUCAUCAUCGUGCCCUGCAUGCUCACAGUCGGCGACUACAUCCUCUCACCCAACGUAUGCGUAGAGCGAAAAUCCAUCAGCGAUCUCAUCUCCUCCUUCAAGGACGGGCGUCUGUACACGCAGGCAGAAACCAUGUUCCAGCACUACAAGUCCCCGAUGCUGCUCAUCGAAUUCGAUCAGAACAAGUCGUUUACGCUCGAGCCGUUUGCCGACUUGUCAGGCAGCCUGAGCAGCGUCGCACCAAGCAAUGUGUCGUCCGACCUGCAGUCAAAGCUCGUGCUGCUGACACUCGCCUUCCCCAAGCUCCGCAUCAUAUGGUCGUCAUCGCCGUACCAGACGGCCGAAAUAUUCGAGUCUCUCAAGGCGCAAGAGGACGAACCGGAUCCGAUUGCCGCCGUGCAAGCAGGGCUGGACAAGGACAUGAAGGCAGAAGACCAGGCGUUCAACCAGGAGCCGCAGGACAUGCUCGCCAUAGUCCCUGGCGUCACGCCCAAGAACAUCAAGACCCUCGUACUAGAAACAGGGAACAUCAAAGAGGUGGCGAACAUGACGGUGGCAGAACUGGAGCCCAUGGUUGGGAAGGUCGCCGGCAAGGCUAUACACGGGUUUUUCAACCGCAACGUCAUGGAAGAGGACGAGUAG